AUGGCGACUCAGGAAUAUAAAUCUGUUGCUACCAUAAAGAAGGCCUUGAGGAGCGUUACCAAAGCAUCUGAUGUCAGGGAGGACAAUGCUUUGAUGUUGCAGCCAUACAGUAACUGGGAACAGUUUCUGAUGCCUGGCCCACUCUCUAUUGCCAUCUUAGGGGAGAUUAUAUUCAUUUCUGCAGGAGAGGACUUUGCAAUUGACAAGGUUGUGCCCAAGGAAGGGUUCAAGUACAUGAAAUACCCCAAAUCAUUCCGUGCCUCUUUAGUGCAAGUGAGCAACGAGGGCUGGGAGGCUUUUCAGCAAGCCCACAAGAACAUGGACCAAAUCCGGCUUCUCACUCUGAAUGUCCCCACUGACAUGAGGGAUGUCGUGAAGUUUCUCAUACAGAAAGAUCCAAAGGUCACUGAAGCUUUCCUACCGAUUCCUCUGAACAACAUCAAAUCCACUGCAGAUAAAUGCUUGAAGCUGUCCACAGCUGUAGAGCAGAAGUUCACUGGGGUCAUCCAUCUCGUCAAUGAACUAUUGGAGGCCUGUACAAGCUCGAAAGGAGUGUAUGAGGAACAAUUACAUGAAAUAAAAAUCAAAAAAGAACUGGCUGAAAUGAAGGAGAAAGCAGCAAUACAGGCAAAAAAAAUUCUGAAUGAGUACCACCAAAAAAUGGGAAAGCAAUUGGAUGAUGCAAAUAAAGAAUACAAAUCCAGCAUGGAUUCCAUACCAGUUGGCUGGAACGCUGUCGGAAUGUCAAUAACAGAAACAUUUUUCAAUAGUGUCAGUUCAUUACUCAGUCUAGGGGUUGUCAAGUCACUGUUCUCUGGAAUUAGCAAUGUUGUAACAGCUGCAGUCAGUUCCAAAUCUGCUAGCAAUGCUAACGUCAUUGAGAAUAAUAUCAUUUAUAAAGGAGAGAUCCUGCAGUUUUCUAUACAACAGCUUUAUCUCUACCGGACCCAGGAUAAGAAAAUUGACUUGAAGAAACUGAACAGUGAGGAUGGAACAGGAAUAUUAAACUUGUGUAAACAGAACUUGGAGGAAUUGCAGAAAGAGGCAGAAAAUGGAGGAGAUUGCCCGGAGAAGGAUACAGCCCUGAAGAUCUGUAAAUCAGGAAUUGGAAUAUGUGUGGAGCUGCAAACCUUACAAAAGUCUAGACCAGCUGAUGAAGUGGCAAUGGCCAGUCUAGCUAAGAAGAUCAAAAAUGUGAUGCAGGAGACAAUCAGGUUCUCCUCUCACUGCAAGACAAAGGUAGGUACCAUGGGUGUAACAGCCACUCCACCACACAUGUCUCGAGCUGACCCAGGAGAGGGUCCCAUUGGUUUACAGACAGCCAGCCUCAAUGCCAGAAUCAAAGUGGAACAGUCUUCAGCACAGCUACAAGCUGCACAGGAGAUGUAUGAGAGAAGCUUUCAGAAUAUAAAGAAGAAUAAUGAAGAACUGCAAGAGAUCCUGGCAACUCUGAAGAGCUGUAAAAUUCAGGAAAUAGAUUUUGAUAAAACUGUGGAGAUGCUUCUGAAGGGAUUGGAUGCAUUGGGCCGUGUGAAAGAACAAUGGGGAAAGAUGGUUCUCUUCUUCACCAUGAUAUCAAACCUGAUCGAAUGCUCCCUGAACCCAUCGCUUCACAAAUUCGUACAGUACAGUGAAAAGACUUCCUCCGGCUAUUCACAGAACCAACUGAUCCAAGACAUGUUGUACACAGAGAUCUCUCAUGCCACUAAUAUUUCAAGCCUUGUCCACAUGAUCGCUGAAACGUAUGUGCAGAUCUCCACCCAACAUCUGAUGGACCGGGUCAACAGCUUGGGGAGGUUAAUGAGCCUCGACCCAAAACGAGACACAAAUACAUUUGAGGAGGAGCGGAAGAAGUUUGGAUUGGACUGUGAGGAAGCAGGAAAAGCCAUUGAAGAUCUUGUAAAGGAUAACAAAGCAAAGUAUGAAAAGCGUGUGCAGGCGAGAAUAGACAGAAUCCAAAACAAUGUGAAUGUCUUGCUACCCCCUGCUACACCAGAAGAAAUUAAAGAAAUUAAAGAUGCCGUGCAAGGAGGCAUUCGGGCAGCAAUGGUGGAAAUGACAGAGGAAGAUAUGAAUGAUUUUGUCUAA